UUCUCUUCCAGCACAUUCAUCACCAGGACCUCCAACCUAUUUGCUCCUCCGUCAUUCAAUUUCAUAAGUCGACUCCUUCCACUAGCAGAGUAGGCUGUGUCUUCUGCCUCUUUCCCAAAUAUUUCUUCCUAUUUCAAGAAGAAGCAGGCAGGUUCAAGUUCACCACUCCAGGACCGUUUUGCUAUGUACACUGUUGUUGUUGUACUUGCGCAGAAAUCGGGAAUGCAUAUUGUGCGCGUUCUUCUGAUCCUUCUCGCUUGGAGGCCAAGGCAGCAGACUGUGUCUUCGAAACCCUUACGUCGGAAGGCAGCAGAUCUCGAGAUGGAUGCCCCGCAAUUGAAGCGCCCGCCUCACAUUUUUAAAACUGAUAUUCAAGAGAGCCUCCAAUGGCGAAUGGAGAACUCUGCGGGGAAGCGACAGGCGAGGGAAGAAGUUCUCUUCGUCCAUAAACCAACUCCUGCGCCAACUUAUUAUACUGCGAAGCACAAGACAAGCAAGCGGUGCUCGGACGACUUCGACUGCAUGCGAGUCUUGGGCCAGGUGUGCAACAUCGAGAAGCAAGGCUCGACGGGAACCUGUCAGUGCCCCGACAGCACACCUGUUCAUGUAGUGGAGCACGACCAGCCAAGAUGUGUCUCUGCUCGCCUGAUCUUUGAAGACUGCGCGGACACCGCCGAAUGUGCGUUCCUCAACCCUUAUGUGGAAUGUGUGAACCAGAUCUGCACCUGCUCGCCACCGAACGUUAUGAAAAGGAAGGACCUGUGCAUCCCAGCUUCAGCAUCCAAUACUACUUCCCCGGCGGCCAACGUGUUCGCCAUACUUCUCAUGAGCAUCGGAGCUAUCGGAGGCAUUGUAGCUCUUGUGGCCAGGAUCAUAAUUGGCAAAGAAGGUCGACACCAAGAUAGCGACGAAGAGCCACAUGGUAGUUAUCGGAGGCAACGCCACACGGAUGAUCCUCCGAUGGUCCUGUUAAGCAAAGGCAUCAAGCGCAUUUUCAAUGACUGCAAAGAUAAGAUACAAGAUAUGGUACUUCGAAAGCCCGUGCUCUCUCCGCAGAUGCAAAGUCUAAUCGAAAUCCGGCCUACCAGGCCUACCAGAACCUCCCAUGAGAGCACGGUUGUGGUCGACGUCCACGUGCCAUACGAACCGUUGGACUUUGAGGACAUAGCUUCGUUGGAAUCUGACCUUCGCAGAGCAACGCGACUGCUUUCUCAAGAAACGUCUCCAACAACAGCAAAUACUUCACUUAGAGUGACAACGUCACACAGGGCGAAGAUUUCUGAGAAAUCAGUCGAACCAUUGCAACAGACCUCCCCAGUUACCACUCCAAACAUGGCGACAUCUAUGGAUUCUCAACAGCAAGCUGGCGAUGUUGUUGUGCCGCAUAUUGAACACGCCGAAGUGAAUGCGGACCCACCAUCGCCAAAGCACGGAGACGACGAGAAAAGCCGAGAUUUCAACUUGAACGCGGACCUAGAACACAUUAUGAGGAUAGUUAUAGACCAGCUCUCAAACCCGCAAAGCAGCCCAGCUGGGCUCCGCAGAAUCGAAGGAGACGAAUGCAGAGUAGAAGUUGACGCGGGCACGUUUUCUGAUACAGUCCGAGCCGUGUAUUCUCGAACUCUCCUCAAGCUACGCCAGAAGCUACACACUAUGGCGGCGCAGGAAGCCCCCAGCGUUGACCAAGUGUCUUUCGGAGAUUCCUCUCAGUCGUCCAGCGCUAUUCCAAGAAAUAAAACCAUGGAGCUGCUUCCUUCUCUCGAUAAAGGGUGCGGCGAAGCGAAAGGCAAAACGUACGCGGAUGUGUCCACCCUAUGUCGAAUUCUAACUCCACACUCUGUCUCGAAGGAUCCACGUAAGCGAAUUCGAAUAAGCGAUACGUUCUCCGAACAUCGGGUCGGUAGAAAUUUUCCGGGGCCUCCAGUCUACGGUGUUCCUCGCUUGCAGACUCAUCAAAGCACCCCUGCAACCAUCGAUGCUUUUCCUGUUACACAGACACCCGAUCGUCUUCCAAAAAGAUGUUACCUUCUUACAGACGAACGACAAGAUAAUGCGACGACCGAAUCAUUUCACUCUUGUUCCGACCCCAAUCGUUCUAUGAGACAACGUAAGUUCAUUCCGACGACGACCCUGCCGAUAUCAGAUUCGGCAAAACUGGUUCUGGAGCCGAUUUCGAGUGAUGUGGACCUUCACAAUCCUCCUAGGGAUAGUCUGAAGGCGUACCUUGCAGGCAAGGUUCCGACGGUAGCUACUGCAGAUUGUCCCUCGGUAAACGAUUCCUUGCAAAACAAUGGGGAGGUUGAUAGAACACAGCCAGGUGUUGGUGGAUUCACAAAAAUGGUACACCCAAGGGUACACUACAUUGACUCUGACAAUGCCUUGCAAGUCAGGGAAGAAACCUCGCUUUGCACUAUACCGAAGAAACUUCUUAAGAUGCCACCUAAAAUCGUUUUAUCCCCGAUAGAAGACGAGGUCGUAGGUCUGGAAGUCGAAGAAGAAACACCACUACUGAACCUGAGAACUGUAACCAAAAAGAAAAGGAACAAGUCAAUUCUUCUACCUCCUUAUUCAAGAAAGAAAGCAGAUUUACAAGAUCGCACACAAGAUAGUUCAUUUCCGUUGUCACGACUGGAACUAGGGUCAGACAUGCCUAAUGCGUCGAUGACGAGGCUUCUCAAUAGGUCCCGUACGUCCAUUCAUGGUUGGGGUCGCAAAGCCGCGCUGCAGAAAGUGGACGCUUGUGACAGAACCCCCGUUGAAGAAAGCACUAUUCUGUGCUCUUCGGGGCCUUCGAGUGAAGUGAAAGAAUAUGCGCAUUCCUUCCAUGUAACAGAAAUUAGGACAGCCACUGCUGCCGCAUACGUAGAUCCCACCUCAAGUAGCCCACCGUCAGAUAUUCAAUCUCCUGCGCUGUUUCUGUUAAAUGCACCAAGACAAGAUAUGGCAUGCAACAAAGUUGAAGAGAUCGUUGAGAAGAACCUCCAAACAGUCGCAUCGUCCGCGAUACUAAAUGACGCUACACCUAAGUUACCUCCACCUCAAAAGGCAUGCGAAGAGGUCAAGUUGACAAUCACCGAGAACGACAUCAUCCAGUGCUUAAACAGAGUCGUAGGACCAAAUCGAGCCAUAGCUGUAGAAGACAACAGGAAGUUCCCGGAAGCAAAAGCUACGCAGGAGGCUGUGUGCGGAUACGACUUGAUGCAAGACGUGCUUUUGAACGAGGACGUCCUCAGUACCAGUGACAUUUCCAAAGUUGACAUUCAUCCCAAAGGAAAUUCCACCGCGCCUAAAGCUGAUCUGGAAGCAUUCAGUCAGCCACUUUCGCGCCUACGAAGAGGCGACUUGAAAAAUAUCCUAAAGGAAAUCUUGGAAGAAGAGUACGCCCAUGUUCUUCAGCUCGCAACACAUGGGGUGCCGUCGAUCCAGAGCACAACGGCUCCUCCGGUGCCUUUCGAACACGAAAACUUGCCAGCGCUCACCCAUUAGCCAUUGACAAAGACGAG